CGCCAAAAAAGGGCUGGAGCUGGAGAAACACACACACACACACACACACAGAGACAGACGGACACAAGGACUGAGCUUCAGGAAUCAUGGAGCAGGGCUGUGGAUGAGCCGGAUCUCCAGCAUGUCCACGGGCCCCGGGCCCCCAGGGGCCACUCACGUGAACGAGCCGGAUCCGAGCGCGGCGGGUCUCGCCAAGGGCCCCGUGGGCCUACAGACACUACUGGACCUGCUGGUGGGAGUUUAUCAGGAGUUCAGCUCCGACGCUCUGCUCAGAGAGAAACAUGUGCAGCACUUCCUACAGUGGGCGGAGCCUUUGGUCAGACAGGUGAAGAAGACUCGGAUAAGCAGGAAUGACUUUGACAUCUUGAAGGUGAUCGGCCGAGGAACCUUCAGCGAGGUGGCUCUGGCUCGUAUGCGUGACACACAGCAGGUCUGCGCUCUGAAGAUCAUGAACAAGUGGAACAUACUGAAGCGUGGAGAGACGGCGUGCUAUCAGGAGGAGCGAGAGGUUCUGCUCAAAGGAGACCGGCGCUGGAUCACUGAACUACAUUACGCUUUCCAGGACGACGAUUACCUCUAUCUGGUCAUGGAUUACUAUGUCGGUGGAGAUCUGCUGACGUUGCUGAGUAAGUUUGGUGAUCGGAUCCCGGAGGACAUGGCUCAGUUCUACCUGGCCGAGAUGGUGACGGCUAUCGAUUCAGUCCACAGACUCGGUUACGUGCACAGAGACAUCAAGCCUGACAACAUUCUCCUGACGGCAGAAGGUCACGCUCGGUUGGGGGAUUUUGGCUCCUGCCUGCGUCUGGAGGAUGACGGCCUGGUCCACUCGUCUCUGGCCGUGGGGACUCCAGACUAUCUGUCUCCAGAGAUCCUGCGGGCGGUGGAGGCGGGCGGAGGCUACGGCUCUGAGUGUGAUUGGUGGGCUCUGGGCGUCUGCGCCUACGAGAUGCUGCUGGGAACCACACCCUUCUACGCCGAGUCCAUCUCCGAGACCUACGCCAAGAUUAUACACUUCAAGGAUUAUUUUGACUUUCCUCCGGGGUCGGAGGUGUCCGAGGAGGCACGGUCCCUCAUCAGCGCUCUGAUCUGUGACAGGAGCGAGAGGCUGGGCUCACGGGGCUCCGGGGACUUCAGAAAACACCCGUUCUUCACAGGUUUGGACUGGAGUUCCCUUCAUCUCCUCCCUCCUCCGUACCGUCCCGAUGUCUCCGACGCCACAGACACCUCCAACUUCGACGUGCUGGACGACUGCCUGAGCCACACGGAGAGCCUGAGCGAGGCGACGGAGCGAGCGCCGGUCGGGCUUCAUCUGGCGUUUGUGGGAUACUCUUACACAGCCACCAGAGAGACGGGAGCGCUGGACCGCAGCAGACACAUCAUGAUGGAGAUCAACCAGCAGCAGGAGAGAGAUCUGCUCCACCUGCAGGAAAAACUGCAGUCUGAAUCAGAUGUCGGUGUGAACGAGCUGCAGAAUCAGGUGUGGCAGCUCAGAGAAUCCGUCACCGCUGAGCUGAUGUCACUUCCUGAACUUCCUGCUGAGCCAGAGACGGAGCAGAGGGACACACACGCUUAUGAGCUGCAGCGGCGUCUGCACAAGGCCGAGCACAGGAACAAAGAGCUUGAGCAGGAGAUGACCGAACUGAGAGAAGAGAUCCUCAGACUGACCGCCGGCAGAAACCAAGAGCUGUGUGUGUGUCGGUGUCUGGGCAGUCAGGACUCCGUGUGGGACAGCUCCGUGACGCCCCCUGCCUGCCAUUACCCGCUAGUGACGGCCCUGCACCGACACCUGGUGCUCUUCAACAGGGUGCGCAGGCCUCAGGUGAGGAGUGAGUCGUAUCUGCUGGUCUGCGCUGAAGGGACUGAACUACAGCUGUGGGAGCGACACGGCAGCGCCGAUCUGUGCUGAAGAGCACUAGAGAGUCGCAGUCUGAUCUCUUCUUCUCCGCUCUUCAGUUCUAUAAAGCCUUUCAGCAUCACGGGCACACAAUUGAAAUCACUAGGAUUCCUGCGUCUCUUCAGAAAAGCUCACAGCCAGGACUCUGAUUCACGUUUACAAGCGUUUCAGCUCCAUAUUCCGAUUGCGCUCAUAUUCUGAAUAUGCCGUUUAUAUACAGAAAUAUGGUUGUUUCAGGUCUGCUGAUCUACACGUGUUAUAACACAAGAGAGUCCAGAUGCUGCCGCCGGUUCUGCAGUGUGUGCUCAGUUAUUAUUUUUAUUAAAACUUAAACACGGUUUAAUUAGAGACCCUUCGAAAAGUCCUAAAACUCUGACUCGAACUGGAAAGAGUUGUUCUUAUUUGAUUGCCACUUCACAAAUCAGUUUCCAUUCCUUAACAUCUAUGGCUAAUUAUCAUCACCCAUAAUUCUGUGCAGUCUGAGCAUGUGACUCUCCUUUCAGGUGAUUUUCUGAAUGAGGUGUUUACAUGCAGCUCUUUUCUCUGAAAACCACCUCAUCCCUGAAGAACGAGUCAGAGGACAACGAUACAGAGUCUAGGUCAAAACGAUCAGAUUUUCUUUUAGCCCAGAAUGUUUCAUGAAGAUAUUUAGUAAAUUUCUUAAGGUAAACAUAUAAAAUCUUCAUUUUAUAUUAGUGAUAUGCAUCGCUAAGAACUUCAUUUGCACAGCUUGAAAAGUGGUUUGCAUUUAGAUCGUUCUGCACAUCCAGAUUUUCACAUCGUUGUAUCUCAGACAAAUAUUAUCCGAUCAUAACAAACCAGACAUCAGUGGAAAGAUGAUUUAUUCAGCUCUUAUGAUUGGUUUGGAGGUGAUUGGAUGUGCUGUUUAAUAUAUAUGAGUCUAUACUAAUCUGAAUAUUGCCAAAUUCUGAUUAAUAUCAGAAUAUUGAGGUGCAUGGCUGUAAAAGAAGAAGUGAUUCAGAAUCUGAAGUGUCCGACCUGUCCUGUCUGUUUAUGGGAAUCUGCUCUGAGAAUCAUCUAGUUUUAUUCACACUUGUUAGUGCUCAGCUAUCAUAUACUACAGCAUUAUUUUGUACAAAACAAGAAAUUAAGUUGUUUUAACAUUAAAAACUAUUUAAGAGUGAGAAACUUAAAAAUAAAGUUGGCUUAUUUAUUUAACGC